AUGUCGUGCGAUUGUUCCAUUUGCGAGGUUUUUGAGAAAACCAGCGAUGACCUGACCAAGGCCGCCCAUCGAGCAGAGUUGAUGAGUGGAAGACAGAAGCUGCACAACCUGUACCAAGGCAAAGGAAACAUGAGCGACGAUGGAGAGGAAGAAACAUACCGGAAGCUUAUGCGGCUCGCCGAGGAAGAUGGGUUGAAGGAUCUGAAACAAACGCUGCAACAUCUCGUAGCUAGCUGA